AUGCCAAACAUUGUCGUAGUCGGUGCUGGCGUCUCUGGCCUCACCACAGCUCUUCUUCUUUCCAAGGACCCCAAGUACAAAGUUACGAUCAUUGCAAAGUAUAUGCCAGGCGAUUAUGAUAUAGAAUAUACAUCGCCAUGGGCUGGAGCAAACUAUCUUCCCUUUUCAACCAAGGAAGGCAGUCGAUGGGAGAAGGGUACUUGGCCAGAGCUUGUUCGACUUGCUAAGGAUGUUCCAGAAGCUGGGAUACAUUUUCAGGAAGCGCUCAUCUAUAACCGCAACAAAGAUGCCGGUGGUCCCGUAACCGAUUGGUUCAACGACCUCCUUUCCACGAACCCCUGGUUCAAAGACCUCGUCCCUAACUUCCGGGUCCUCCCCAAAUCCAUGAUGGUUCCCGGAGCAGAUUCCGGAACAGCUUUUACGUCUGUCUGCAUCAACACAGCCGUCUACCUCCCAUAUCUCGUCUCCCAAUGCCUUGCCAACGGCGUCGUCCUCAAACGAGCCGUCAUCACGCACAUCUCUGAAGCCGCUACCUUCCACCACUCAGGCCGGAAAGCUGAUGUGAUUGUGAACUGCACUGGUCUGCUCGCCUCCAAGCUAGGUGGUGUAAUGGAUGCAACCGUCACCCCAGCCCGUGGCCAAAUCGUCGUUGUCCGCAAUACGCCAGGCGCGAUGUUCACAGUUUCGGGUGUGGAGGGCGGCGAGGAAGGAGAAUGCUGCUACAUCAUGCAGCGAGCUGCGGGAGGUGGUACGGUCCUUGGCGGUACCUACCAGAAAGGGAACUGGGAAUCGCAACCCGAUCCAAACACAGCCUUGCGCAUCAUGAAGAGGGCUGUUGAAAUAUGUCCGGCGUUGGUGGAGAAGGGGCAGGGAGUUGAGGGUUUGAGUGUGGUUAGACAUGGCGUGGGAUUGAGACCAUUGAGAGAGAAUGGUGUGAGGGUCGAGAAGGAGAAGAUUGACGGUGCUUGGGUGGUGCAUAAUUAUGGCCAUGGCGGAUAUGGAUAUCAGACCAGUUAUGCCUGCUCGCAGGGAGCGAUGGAUCUGGUUGAUGAGGUGUUGAGCCCGAAGGCGAAGUUAUAG